AUGGAAAGAGACAUCGUAUGUUUUGAUCAUAAUAUAUUUGGAACAUUAGAUUUACACUUUUCCUUAUAUAAAGGUAUUAUGGAUAAUUUUGAAGAUACUGGUAAUAUAUAUGCUAAGGAAUGUAAAUUUAUUCAAGAAAAUACCGAAAAACAUGACAAUGAUCUAAUAUAUAUAAAUGAUAUAUGUAUUAAAUGGUAUCCAUAUUUAAAUCAAAUACGUUAUUAUAAUGAGCAAGAAAUUCUAAAAGGAUUACAAUACAUGUAUUAUUGGUUAUAUAGGAAUUACCUAAGUCAUGGUAUAAAAGAGGAAAACAUUAAUAGACUUUAUAAGAAAUUAAUCAAAAGAUAUAGUGAAACUAGUUUUGCCCAGAAAAUUGAUAAACCAGUUUUGUCGGAUGAUCUAAACAGACAAGAAUGGAAAACACUCAUCGGUAUAAUUAACUUAAGUAUAGCACUUAAUGAAAUAAAAGUAUUUUCAUUUGAAUCUUCUAAGAAGCAAAGCUAUUGUGAUUAUUUAAAUGGGUGUGUCAGUAUGUGUAAGCAUUACAUUGGUGAAUGUACACGUAGUGCUAGCCCCAAUAUCUGUGAUAUAUUUGAAAAUAUUGAAAAUCAGAUUAAUGACAUAAUAUUAGAAAAUGGAUGUAAUGAUAGUAAUCAUCAAAUAUCGCCUUCAACCAAUUCUCAAAAUGAACCUCUCGAUUCAUCCAGUAAUAUCAAGUCACGUACUAUUAUAAUUUCAGCAGUUUUAAUAUUAUUAACACCCAUGUUGGUAUUUAUUCUAUAUAAGGUUAAUUAUGAUUUCAAACUAUGUAAUUCAUACUUGCUACAUAGAAUAAAGAAGAAAAUAAAUAGGUGGAAGAAGGAUGAUAAAGAAUGGAAUAUACAGCAACAUUCUGAAAUGUCCAACAGUAUAUCAUCGCACAGCAUGUAUAAUAUAUUGUAUAAUUCUACUUAA